AUGAGAGUCAUUAGAGCUCACGAUGGCGUGACAUUCGAAUUUACCAAACAACAUCUUCAAAAUGUAGAUAGGCUAUCUGCGCUUCUAGAUAUACUUGGACCAGCGAUGGAUCUAGACGCCGACGACUUAAUCCUAAUGAACUCACUUGGAUCUCAAUUGACCGAUACCCUUCUCCGUCCAAUUCUAGAUACACAUCGAUCUCCAACUUCAUCUCCAAUCAAUCCUAUGCCAUCCUCUUCUACUGCAUUAAUACCACAUCCAAGAACCCUACAGGAUCCAACUCAUCUUCUCUAUGCUUUCGAUAGGAAUUACCUCUCAGCAGAUCCAAAUAAAGUCUUGGAAGAACUUUUGUUUCAUGUAGAAGAAGCCCUAGAACCUCCAAUUCGUCAAUUCAAUUCAAAUCUUGAUACAGAGAUUGGAAAUUACACAACUCUAGCCAAAGCACACCACACCUCCGGUUCAGCUCACUUUCGUACAACCCUAUUACUUCUAUCGCACAUUCGAGCUCAGAAAUCUGCUGUUGAAGCUGCUUUAAACAAUCUUGACAAAUGUAGAGAAUCACCUAAAGGUGCAUGGGAAGCAUUCGAGACCUUUGCUCAGCCUCUGGUUGAAGGAUACGGGAAACUUCUUGAAGCAUACGCACCUGCUCUAGCACUCUCACGACUGGUGAAGAUUCACCCUCAACUCCUUUCGAAUAGUACGCUCAGUCGUACAACUUCUUCUGGCAGCGCUGUUGGUAGUAGUGGAACACCUGUAACAGCGAAAUUGAAGUGCAUGGGCGAUUAUGUGAUGGAAGAUCGCAUUACGCAAAUCCGGGACAGGUGCUUGAAAGUCUAUGAUGAUCUUUGUAAGAGGUUCGAACGCAUCAGAGACUCGUCAAGAGAAGUGGACGAAGGUGCGAUGGCGAUUCGUAAUGGACUUUGCGAACCGGACUGUGACUUGACUGAAUUGGAUGUGCUUGAGAGGGAUGCUGAAGAGGGAUUUCAGCGAAUCGAAGAGGUCGUCCACCAGAUUCUACAGGUCACAGAGGCAGAAGCAGAGGUGCUGGCGGAAUCUUUCACUGAGCUUGUCAUUCUCGAUGAUGACACGCGAGAGAGGGUAGCCUUUUUAGCGGAGCGCAAAAACUUUUGGCUGCACCAUCUUGUACAUUCGCUCAACAGGAUAUCGGUGUUGCAAGGUAUCAUGUCUUGUAUAGGUAGUGAUGUACAAGCUCUAGACAACGAAUUAAGCACGCGCACCGAUGCUUUCAAACACCUUGCUAGGCUUAAAGACUUUGUCACUUCAUACGCCUCAACAGUUGUCGAGGUUGUGAGGAGACGAGAAUUCUCACGCCACCUCGUUGAUUAUGCCUCUGCAUUAUCCAACGCGCUUUCAAAACUGACCGCUGAUGAGCGUAAACGCAGGGUCACCUAUCGUGCGGACUACGGAGGCAAGAUGCCAUUUACUGUUGAAGGUUUGGAUGAUAUCAAUGUCCCAACGAUUGAGUUCGAGUUUCGGAAUGUCAACAGCGCAGCUAUCAAUGGAGCUAGGCCCAAGGAUUCAAGUCGAAGCGUACAGAAUGUAGGGGAUCUGCCUCCACUGACCAGAGCAGACGUUGAUGGUUUUUUGUAUGGACAUGUAGAUCUCAUCAGUAGCUUACGGAGCAUCGAGGAAAGUCCUGAGAAGGAACAGGAUAAUGAUCUUCAGCUGGCCAGAGCACCUGCUCGCGACGUCCGACUCUUGGUAGAAAAGCAAUUUAGUCGUUUGGAGAGUAUGGAGAACGCGUUUGCACAAGCAGUGGAGAGAAUCGUUGUCACCGAAAGUCAACUAAGCACAUCAUCUUGCCCGGUAGACAACGAAUUGACAAAGCGUUUAGAGUCAGAAGUAACAGAGUUGAAAGCUAUCAAUGAGGAUCUACGUCAACAAGCAGAGCAAGAAAAGGUUUCAUCCGAAAAUUCUACUCGCAAAUUUCAAUCGGAUCUCAAAUUGCAUUCACAGAAGAUUGAAGAUCUCAAAUUACAAUUGCUACAAUCCAAAGAAGAGCACCGAGAAGAAUGCGAACGAUUAGCACACGAUACUCUCACAUCGACUCAAGAACGUGAGAGUUUGUUAGCUGACGUCCAGAGGUUAAGGCCGGCGGUUGAAAGGUUGGAGGAAGAACUGAAGACCCGAAGCAAAUCGUUGCAAGAUGCUGAACGUCAACUAAUCUCUGCUCGGGCUACUGCUGACGAUGCAACAAAGGAGUUACACGAUCUAGAAGCUCGUCAUCGAGAUCAGCUCUCGGAUCACAGCCACGUGUUGAAUCAACUUCAAGGCUCUCAAGACCGAGUAGCCGAAUUGGAAAGUCAACUCAGUCAAGCUCUCGACAGCAACAGAGAUCUUACAGAGCGUGUAGAUAGCAGUGUACGAUCGAUGGAUGAUCGACUUUCAGAGGCGGAACGUAUUCGGCUAGAGAUGCAAAACGAGAUCGAUCAGUUGAAGUCGGACCUGAUGGAACAGCAGAAGAGCAAUCACGAUGCUAAUGACACCAUCCAACAACAGAAGUUACGCAUUGAAGAAAUGGACCGUGAAUCCCAACUUCGGGCUGAAGAUCAUGCAAAGGUGCAACGACAACUUACGGAGGACACUCGAGAAGCCACUAUGCGCUUGGAAACUCAUUGUCGAGCCGCGGUUUCUAUACUACAGAGUUAUCACCUAGUCAACAGCAAAAUCGUUGACCGAAUCGAAUCGAUGCCCCGUCCUGGCUCAACUCACAAGGCUGUACUUGCAACUUCUACAGCUUUGGGUGAAUCCGCUGUACCGGCACAAGAUUCAAGUAACUCCGUUGUUGUUGCCAAACCAGCGACAGAUGAUUCCUCGAUACCUGAUCCAUCGUCACCUGAGUUCGGUACCUUUAUUGACAAGUUGGCACAACGUGAUCCUGAAGCUAUCGUUGAACUGGUGCAGAACAAGCUUGAUUACCUGUCACUUACUGUAAGGAAAUGGAUGAAGGAAAGCAAGGGAUACCGAGAACGAGCCAAAAGCUCUCAGGAAUUGGCAAAUGUCAGAAUAACUUUCAGAGAUUUCGCAAAGGGAGACUUGGCACUAUUCUUACCCACACGGAAUCCAACAGCUCAAGUAUGGGCGGCUUUCAAUGUCAGUUUUCCACAUUAUUUCUUACAAGCAAAUGAUGCGGUUGCGCCCAUCAUCAAAUCUAGAGAAUGGCUUGUUGCGCGUAUCAUCUCGCUGACGGAAAAGAUGGUGGACCCAAAGGAUCCCGAUACCAACCCAUAUGCUCUCUCAGCUGGAACUCGAUAUUUUCUUUUGGAAGUUGAACCUUGGAGUGUUGAAAAAAACCCUCGAAAGAUAACUCAAUCUUCACUUGGAUUAGGUCAACCUAGUUCGGUCACAAAGCAUUCACCCAGUAGAUCUGCUACUUUACCAUCUCAGAUGGCACUUCAGAUCAGCACCUCGGGUGGUAAACGUCACAGCACCGGUGGACCCACUUUCAAUCGCGAGAGCCGACAAUCGCCACCGUCAACUACACCGGCACUUGUUAACACGUCACCCGAGGAGAAGACAUCAAUCUCUGCUCCCUCACACUCAAAUCCUCAUCGAGUUGAAAUACCAUUGGAUCUGACUCAAUCUGAAUUUACUGUCAUCGACACUCCGCCUUCGCCACCAGCAAAUGAGAUUCCAGGAGACUCGCCAUUUGUUUCUUCCGUUCGCACAACUGCCAGUAGCCCACCAUCUCGUAGAACAGGACCAUCGGCUCUGUCCUUAAGCUUAGCCAAAAGCUAUUCAAAGUCACCACUAAGUCACGCAUCGGUUCCCCUUCAGACAAGUUUGAUCCCAGUAUCGGAAGCCAUUCCCGAAGAUCAGACAUUGGACGAUCUUCAAACUCCCAGUGCAUUCAAACCUUCUGAAUCUGCUCGACCUGCCUUCCUUACCAAUCUGUCUGUGGCUUCGUCUCAAUCUCGAAGAACGAACCUCUCGUCAACAAUGCCAGUUCCCUUGAAACCUCGGCUUAGACCUGUUCCCAAGGCGCAUACUGCUUCACGAUCCAACAGCCGAGCUUCAUCGAUUGCUUCUUCGUCUCACAUCAGUCCAGCGAUCAAGAAACUCCUACAGCCUGCCUCGCCAUCUAGUAAAGGUUUCACAACAGUCUCAACCACAUUAGUGUCGUCUGAAAAGAACGUGGGCUCGAGUCCUAAAGACAAUGAUAUUCGACCAUCUGUUGUUCUAUCCAGUGAUAAACCUAGUCCUUUGGCAAUCGGUCCUACCAAUGUAGUCGGAGCAAAAGAUUUAGCCAACAGAAGAGUGAGUGUUUCUGGAUCUAACCAAGGAGGAAUACCCUUUAACGUCAAUAGGAAUAGUAGUAGUAGUCUGAGUAACAGUAGUAUGGGAGGGAGUGGACAAUUUAUACAACAAGGUGGACAGAUAGCAGGAUCACCUACGACUUCGAUUGGUGUGGCUAACAAUGGUGGCAAUACUGGUGGAUUGUCUGGUUCGUUUUUUGGAACAUGGAGAAAACGAAAAGAGAGUGAAGUGAUGCCUGGUUCGUUUGGAGCUAGUGAAUUAUUAAAAAGGUUUAGUUCUCAAAACCCACCUUCUUCUCCUAAAUCAUGA